UCGUCAGUUUUGUUUUUGUUCAUUGUUUCGUUGUAAUCGCAGAAAAGUUUAUUGCAUGGCAUUUGAUAACAUUCUAACGACUUGCAUUGUUUGAUAGUAAUUGCUAUUUGUGGGUUAAUCGAAAUGCGUCCUAGUAAGUUCUUAUCCUAGUUUAGUGGUUAAGUGUAAAGUUCGGAUGUUCUUACUUCUAUUUGCGAUAAACAAGAACCAACCACUAUGACGGACCCUAAUAUUCGAUUAGCAGCCGAGUCACUGGUGGGUAGUAUUACAAAUCCAUAUACAUUAUCUCACUCACAGUCUCAUUCUGUGAACCUGUAUUCAGAAGAUCUGGUGGCAGGUCACAGGCCACAAGGGAAGAUGUCCACUGUGAGACGAUUCUUCUGUCUGUUUGUUACCUUCGAUUUAUUGUUCACGAGUUUAAUGUGGCUGAUAUGUGUAAUGAUGAGAGGCGAGACUUUGAAACAGAUCUUUGACAGAGAAAUAGUUCAUUACGACGUCAAGACUUCGCUGUUCGACGUAGUGAUGAUCUCAACAGCGGGAACGUGUGCCUUUUUAAUAGGAAAAGUAUUUGUAUUUGAUUGGCCGGCGGCAUCGCAGCCAGUGUACCAGGUGUUCCUAAUAGUGACGUCAUUCACUCUCUCAUGGGGCGAGGCGUGGUUCCUGGACUUCAGGGUCCUGCCCCAGGAGAUGCAAGCGAGGCAAAUAAUCGACUCUAUAGUGCACCAUGGUGCAACAGAGCGUACGCCACUGAUAUCACAUAGGGUGCCACAGUCCACUUAUGGAGAUUCCACGGUGAACUGGUUCUCGCCAGUGGAGACACCAGAAGCCAGCCCUAGACCGAUAAAACCAGGGGAACAAGUUAUACUCACACAGGAACAGAUAGACGAGUACAUAUCGCAAGCGGAUGAGAGCUUGCACAACGCGUGGAAGGUGCUACAUCUGCCCAACUGGGUGGUGGAAAAGAGAGGCGCCAACGGCGACGUGGUCGAGUCCAAGAGGACCGAUCAAUUCGGGAAGGUGUAUAGAUUUACGGGUAUAGUGGAGUGUCCAUCCCAGUUCAUAUACGAAGAGUUCAAAAAUAAUAUAUGCAAACUUCCUGAAUGGAAUCCGACAAUACUAAAGAGCGAACUUAUAAAGGAAAUAGCGCCAGGCGUCGAUCUGUCUUACCAAGUAACCGCGGGGGGAGGGAGGGGUGUUAUUGCCCCCCGUGAUUUCAUAAUACUUCGGCGCACGGCGAUGCUGUCGCGCGAGGGUAAAGUGGUGGACAGUGACCCGUACGCUUAUAUAACCAGCGGGGUCAGCGUACAAGUGCCCGGGUAUCCCCCGCACAGGGAUAUGGUCAGAGGGGAAAAUAAAGUUGGCUGUUGGCUCAUGAAGCCUAUAAAGGCGAAGACUCCUGGAGGCAAGAUCGAACAACAUACUACCUUCCAAUGGUUAAUGUGCUGUGAUCUCAAAGGUAGAAUACCACAGUUUGUAUUGGACGCUGCAUUCGCUUCAGUGAUGCUUGACUACAUAGUACAUGUAAGGAAAUUUGCUGCUCAAUCUAAAUCACAGGGAAAAUUUUAGAUUUCAGUUUGCCAUCUUUAGAAUACGUUAUGUCACUGCUUUUAUUCAUAAGGUAAAAUCACCAAAGCGCGUCCACCAUAAAAAGUGUAUUAAUUCUUUUUUAAUUCCACCUGCGAAACAUUUACAUAAGUUAAUGGUAAAGAUAUUGUUCAGGUUAAGAUAGAUUAAAUGAUGCUUUAAUUCUUUUUAUAAAAAUAACUUAGAUCAUUUGAAAACGUUUUUUAUAUGAAAAUGGAAUCUGAAAUGUUGUAUGCCUUUAUUGAUUGAAGUGCAUUUGUGCAAUGAAAGCAAAUCAUGGAACAUUUUUGAGUAAAAUAUUUUUAUAAAUAAAGUGCAAAUUCGCAUUUAAAUAACAGGAAUUCUCUAUAUCGUGGACGGAUAAGGAAAAGUAGCUUAGAAACUAUGUAAAUAGUAGUCAACCGAAUUUCGAUAUUUGUAAUAGUAAUGAAAUACCAUACAAUAUUUUAAAGCAAUUAAUACAAUAAUAAUAAGAAAACUAACAUUUGCUGAGGUAAAACGAAACAUUAACCUCGCUGAGUAACAUGGAUGAUUACACACCCCUUUACCUUACGUAGGGUUAACCUUUUUUUUUUAAGAAAAGUAGCGUGAAUGUAAAUUAUUGGAUGAAAGCUUUUUAUGUUUUCUUGUCUUUUCACGAUGGUUAAAUAUAUAAAUUAUACGCUUAACAUAGUGAAGAAGUGCGUCGUCACACUAUCAGUUUACGAUUGAUUCAUAAUGUAUAAUUUUGUCGGUUAAACUCUCUAGUAAAUUUGUAUAUCUUUUUUUUAUUUUUCUAGUAAUUUUAAUUAUUCCAAUUGUUUAGGUAGUUUUAUUUUUAAGACUAAAUAUGUAUACCACUGUUAGUUAUGGCUGCUAAAUGUGUUUCUAAAUAUAAAUAGUUCAUAAAUAACUUCGAAAAUUUAUGCCGUUAAAAUUGACGAGUAAUAUUUUUGCCAAAUGUCUACACUAUUGGCAUAAUAAGUAAAACCAUUGGAUAUUAAAUUAGCACUAAAUGAAAAUUCACCGAU